CGGGCUGAACGAUGGGGGUGGAGACGCUCCUUCAGGUAUACUGGGCCGAGGCCGUUUUGUUCUUUUGUUCUGUUGCAUAGUGUUAGUGUAGGGAUUUGUGUCAGCAUCACACAGGUAGGUCCUUUGUUACAAACAAGCUGCACUGCAAUCAUCUGAAUGCAAACCAACCAAGCUCUGGAUCCCUUAAUCUCUUGCAAUGUCAAUAAAAACAAACAGCAAACUGUGUAAAUAAAGCAUUGCAAAAACACACGGUUGCAUGUAAAAAUGUUACAUUAAUACAGAGUUACCAAUAUAUAGAAGUCAACAUCGGUUCAUUUUCCUUCCGACACACCCUCCCUCUCAGAGUCUGUGUUUUCUCCCCAGGGUCCAAACAAACUCUCAGCUCACCCACAAAAGUCUCACAACCAAAAGAGUUCCUGGAAACAGUAAAUGUCGCCUUAAGUCUCUCAUUGUAGGAUGGCUUUUUAUGAGCAGGCCCAUGUUACCUCCCUAGGGUGCUACAGCUGUGUCCCAUUCAGCUGCCCUCUCCCCACUCAGUUCCAGGUACAACAGGUUUGUUGAUUUUCCAAGGGGGUCCAGAGGAUGGGGAAAUGCCCCCCUUCCACUCACAGCUCUUCACCCUCUGUCCUCUCCUCCCACUCCUCUAGUUGAACGCCCAAAUUCUUCUUUCUCCUUACAGCUCCCUGCCUAUUUUUCACGCAUACCCAAGGAACUAUGGAAACUUCGAAUCCCCCAGUUGCCAAACACAGGAAAAAGGUGAGUUCCGAUACAUUCUGGCUCCCCCAGUGAGAUUCAAAUCAAAAUCAGCCACAAAUAGAAGUUCUAAAGCUGGGCAAAGCAAACGGGGCUACAACUCCCCACUGUCCCUCUUCAUUGGCCAUGCUGGCUGGGACUGAUGCAAGUUCGAGUCCAGCGACAACUGGAGGCCGCCAUCUUAGACAGUCAGUGUGGUACAGUGGUGAGAGUGUCCAAGGAAGACCUGGGAGACUAAGGUUCAAAUCCCCACUUGGCCAUGAAGCUAAGAAGAAGAGACCACCCAAGCAGCCACUUAUGCAGAGAUGCAGCAGGUGGCCUCCUACCUUGAUGGUGUCCCAGCUCCCAGGCACAUUUAGUCCAGGGAUGGGCAGCCUGUGGAUUUCCAUAUGUUGUUGGACUACAAACUCCCAUCAUCCCUGACCGUUGGCUGGGCUGUUUUGGGCAGAUGGAAUUUGAAAUCCAACCAGAUCUGGAGAACUGGAAGCAUGGUUUGUUUCUGCCUUUACAGUCGCCUCUGCUUCCUUGGGGACCCAGGUGGCGCUGUGGUUAAACCACUGAGCCUAGGGCUUGCUGAUCAGAAGGUCGGCGGUUCGAAUCCCUGUGAUGGGGUGAGCUCCCGUUGCUCGGUCCCAGCUCCUGCCAACCUAGCAGUUCGAAAGCACGUCAAAAUGCAAGUAGAUAAAUAGGAACCGCUACAGCGGGAAGGUAAACGGUGUUUCCAUGUGCUGCUCUGGUUUGCCAGAAGCGGCUCUGUCAUGCUGGCCACAUGACCUGGAAGCUAUACGCCGGCUCCCUCGACCAAUAAUGCGAGAUGAGCGCGCAACCCCAGAGUCGGUCACGACUGGACCUAAUGGUCAGGGGUCCCUUUACCUUUACCUUUACCUGCUUCCUUGCAGUUGGAUUUAUCCCUAAUAGUUAGUUAGUUAGUUAGUUAGUUAGUUAGUUAGUUACCGCCCAUCUAACUGGACGGCCAUUCUGGGUGGCUUCCAACAAAUUAAAAAGUGAGGCAUCAAACAUUAAAAACUUUCCUAUAAAGGGACAGCCUUCAGAUGUCUUCUAAAAGUCAGAUAGUUUUUUCUUUCCUUGACAUCUGAUGGGAGGCAUGACUACUGAGAAGUCCCUCUGUCUGGUUCCAUGUAACCUCACUUUUCUCAGUGAGGGAACUGCCGGAAGGUCCUCGGAGCUGGACCUCAGCUGAAUGAUGGGGGUGGAGACUCGUCCUUCAGGUAUGCAGGGCCAAAGCCAUUCAGGGCUUUAAAGGUCAGCACCAACCCUUUGAAUUGUGCUCAGAAACGUUUCCCAGGAAGGGGAGGGCUCUUCACCGAUAGGGGAGGUGCUGGAGUCACCCCAAUGGCUUGCGAAGUUGUGCUCAGGGUUACUGGUGCCGUGGGAUGUAGCACUCACCUGAAACACACACACACCGGUCCUACAAUUGCAUGCAAAUUGCUGCCUCCCAGCCUGUCCGGACUGUAGGUCCUGCUCACUGAAUCAGGACAACUGUGCCUGCAAAUUCUGCCUCCUAACAUGGCCUGGGGAUCGUGGCAGGCCACAUUUGGCCACUGGCUGAGAGAGGCAGUGACGGGCCCAAGUUUGCCCCAGUAAACGUCAAAGCUGAGCAGGGGAUUCAAAUCCUGGUAUCCCAAGACCUAGACCGAUAUGCUAACCACUACACCGCACUCUCUCUUGAGUGUCUGGCCAUGCUUCAUUUUAUGGGUAGGGCUGGGUUUUCACUAGUAGGUGUCUCUAACACACAUGCACAGUGUACAACCAGCAACACUGUCUACUGUUCUUUCCUAUAGAGACUGACACCCGGACUUCUAAUUGCUACAAUGAUUCCCUGCAUUGGAUCUUUGCAAUUGGGAUACACCUACUGGGUUGUCCUCAACCCAGAGACGGUCUCACAUAUAAUUUCCAACAUAACGGAUGAGACCACAAGGAUGGACAUCAGAAUCAAAGAGCCUCCGAAUGGCCAGGUGGCCUUUAAUGCUAUGAUCUUCCCAAUUGGAGGCCUCAUUGGGUCGCUGAUGCUCGGCACCAUGGUGGAUAACUGCGGCAGGAGACGUUCCUUGAUGCUUAAUAAUGCUGUGGCUGCCGUCGCCUGUGGAUUAAUGGGUGGCUCCAAUGCAGGGAAAUUCCAGGACUUUGGCAUUUUUGCUCGCUUCCUCGUCGGGGUAUCUUCAGGUGGGGGAAAAAAGUGCCCCGCAUGUAGUCUUUGAAUUGCCUUUUAACAAAACCAAGCCAAACAAAAGCAGAAAGCUGCCUUGAACCCAUGUCUGUGGGUGGAAGCUUUGGCUCCUGAACCCAGAUGACUAGGCUGCUUAUCAGCAGUAAAAAGUUAGGGAGCCGUGCACAAAGUUAAUCCUACUCAGAGUAGACCCAUUGAAAAUAAUAGGCAUGACUAACUUAGGGCUGAGUUGGGUCCCAUUUGCAAUGUACGUUAAAAGCAGUAUCAUACCACUUUAAAUCCCCAAUAGGGGAUUCUGUUUCAACUUUUAAAUGCCUUCUGAGAAUUUUUCUAUUUUGCCAGAUUUAGGCAGGCAAUUAAGAAUAUAUCUUUCCAUAAUAGUUAGUUGACAGUCUCAGAUUUUAAAGUUUUAAGGUGUUGUUGUUAUAUAGUACGAUUGCAUCUGGCGCAGGGGUGAUGUUCUGGGGAUCACAUUUGCACAAAAAAACAUGUACUCAAACCACUCCCUUUGGAACCAGCCCCAUGCAUCCAUCCUUACUUUCCAAGCAGGGCAGAGAGCUUUUGAGCCCUCCGCGUUGCUUACUGGUCUCUCUCUUGGGCUCUGGGAUGCUGUCAUCAGAUCUCGUGGGACGGGUUCCCACAAAUCUUGCAAGGGCACCCCAGAGCCUGGUAAACAAGACGGAGAGCUGAAAAGCUCUUUCUGCACUGGGAGAAUCUGGUGCCAAAAGAGCUUUUAAGCUUUCCUGGGAGCUGUUUUGAGGGCGGUCUGCUCCCAUCUCCUUUCCUUCUUUCCCCGCCAUAAUAAUAAUAAUAGUAAUAAUAAUAAUAAUAACAAUAAUUUAUUAUUAUUUAUACCCCUCUGGGCGGCUUCCAACACAAUGUUAAAAACACGAUAAAACAUCAAACAUUAAAAACUUCCCUAAACAGGGUUGCCUUCAGAUGCCUUCUAAAAGUCAGAUAGUUGUUUAUUUCUUUGACAUUUGAUGGGAGGGCGUUCCACAGGGCGGGUGCCACUACAGAGAAGGCCCUCUGCGUGGUUCCCUGCAGGAUAAUUUUUUUCCCAUUUGUCUCUCCAGCUUUGACCCGUGCAACUUCUCGUUUUCUUGCUGUGGAUCAUUUUUAUUUAUUUAUUUUACUUCCCCCCCCCCUGUUUAGUGCUCCUACAAAAAAAAAAGGUGAUGAAGUGAUAUAGGUGCAAAAUUUGUGCGUGUCCCUGCUUGUUUGUGAUGGUUCCAAUCACAACUUUAUUUUCUGUCUUUAAUAAUAAGUAUUCAAUAAUACACAUUGGAAGGAUACCGUUUCCUUUUGCGUAUGCCAAAUGAUUGGGAGGCAUAAUGGCAAAGGUUUGCUCAGAGCAAACCCACUGAAAUUAACAGAGUUAGUUGUGUGCAUUAGUCUGUUCACAGCAGGAUUAAUAGUGGUUGCAGCCGUAUGCCACAAAUGAUGAUGUAACGCCAUGGAAGAGGUCCCUCUGCCAAUUGUGCCUGUGACCCUUUGAUUAUCAUUUAACCAGGCUUGUUUUCCACUAUGAUCCCGUUAUAUGUUGGCGAACUCGCCCCCGUAAGCCUGAGGGGGGCCUUCACGAUUAUGUACAUACUGUUCUUCACCGUGGGUAUCCUCUUGGCUCAGAUCCUCAGCAAUCCCAACAUCCUUGGGAACAAGAAACAUCUGCCAGUGAUGCUGGGCCUGACCGGGAUAGUUGCUUUCUUCAACAUCCCGCUCCUGUUCCUGUGCCCUGACAGUCCUCGUUACCUGUUGAUUCAGAAGAACAACGAAGAAAAAGCGAGGAGAGCCUUGAGAAUGCUCAGGAACAAGGUUGACGUGGAAAAUGAGAUCGAGGAGCUCCAAAAGGAGGCGAAGUAUGAGAUACACGAAAAGAGCAUGACGAUAUAUUCGCUUCUAAAAAACCAUAGUCUCCGUCGCCAAGUCAUCACCGUCGUCAUCUUGCUGGGGGGCCAGCAAUUUUCCGGCAUAAUUGGGUGCUACUUCUACUUAGAGAAAAUCUACAGGUCGCUUCUAAGCGAAGAGAGCCAUAUAUUUUAUAUGAAUUUGAGUGUGACGUCUUGGCUCUUGGUCGUGGCCUCCAUAAUGAUAUGUUUAGUUGACUAUGUGGGGCGGAGGUUUCUCCUACUUCUGGGAUUUCUGAUCUGUAGCGUUGCCUGUGUCCUGCUAACCUUGACCCUCGAACUUCAGAUCAUGGAGUCACGGGUUAUUUACUUAAGCGCUGUUUUCAUCAUUGCCAUGCUCACUGGAUACAUGCUUGGGCCAGCUAUAAUCACCUACUUGGUCACUCUCGAGAUCUUCCUCCAGUCAUCGCGGGCCACAGCCUUCACGUUGGGCGGAAUAGUGAACUGGGUCACCCGCUGUAUUGCUGCGGUGAUCAUCCUUAGGCUAGAGCCGCUCACUGGGCCUUACAAUCUCCUGAUCCUUUGGCCUCUCUGCAUGGUGACCUUUAUUUAUAUUUCCGCGGUGGUUCCGGAAACUGCAGGCAUGACCUUUCUUGAAAUCCGCCAGUCCAUGGAAUUCCAAGCCAAUGAGGAUAAGGAACAGAGAGAUAGAGAGUCAGAUAGUUAGAAACUCAGAAGGCAUCGGUGCUGUGCUUAAUUGUUAUUUUUUAAGAUACAACCGUCCAAAGGGAUCCCCUUCAUGCUGCCCCUCAGUCGUCUCAGCUCUGUUAACACGUACGGCCGUUUUCCUUUCAGUCCGGAAGAGCAACCCAGGAUGUUUUCCCCUUCCCUGUGUGCACUUUUCUAUUGUUCUACCACAAAUGUUGUUUCUUUAUUAAAUUACGAAUGGCGAGCACAAUCGGUCCAGAGCCAAAUGUGUGAAAUGACU